AUGAAGUGUGGCCUCAGGGUCUGCAGAGCGGGCAAAGGGGCGCUACCGACCGCGAAGGGCCGGGAAGCGAUGGCUAACCGCAGGUGGCAGGGAGACGUGUCUGGCCUCAGCUUCAGGGAGCUGGCAUUGGUGGACAAAAAGGCGAGGGGUCAAUUGGGGCCCGGGUCACAGCACGGAGGGGCGCCCAGAAGGCGCUCUCCGCCUUGUCCCCCCGCCCCCCCUUCGGUGUCCCUGCGCCGCCGAGCGCCGCCCACCCGCCGGGGUCGCCAGGCAGCCCCGGGGUCGGUGAUCGGCCUUCGGGGCCCGAUGGUCCCAGCGAUUCCCGCCCGGUACCUACGCGCGCUGCGGAGCGAGGACUGGGCCUCCUCUGCCAAGGUCCACUCGCUCAUCUGGAAGGUCCAGAAGGAGCCGCUUCAGGGAGCCGGCAUCGGUGGACAAAAAGGCGAGGGGUCAAUCGGGGCCCGGGUCACUGCACGGAGGGGCGCCCAGAAGGCGCUCUCCGCCGUGUCCCUCCCCCACCCCCCCUCGGUGUCCCUGCGCCGCCGAGCGCCGCCCACCCACCGGGGUCGCCAGGCAGUCCCGGGGUCGGUGAUCGGCCUUCGGGACCCUAUGGUCCCAGCGAUUCCCGCCCGGUACCUACGCGCGCUGCGGAGCGGUCCCAGGGUCACGCGCCACCUGAGCCUACCUCCCCCCCGCCUUAAGUUCGUGCAGGGCUGGCGCUCGCCGAUGACGUGGGUCGAGCGCGCCGUGACGUCGGAGGCCCAUGGCGGCGGCGGCGGCGGCCCGAGAAGCCUGCGGAGGGAGGCUGCGGCGGCCGCCGGGAACCCGGGAGCCGAGCCUGAGGUGGAGGGCGGAGUCGUGCUUCGUCGCAUCCAGGAGGCCAAGUGCAAGAGCUGGAAGCACCAGAGGAGAAAGGGCACUGGCUGCAGCCUUGCAGGAUGCUGUCUCUCUGGAAGGGCGAGGCCAGUUUUGGAGUCAGAGGACAUAAAGCUGCCAGUGAGCCAGCAGCAGAGGUCAGAGGUCACCCUGAACAGCUCGGAGGACUCUCUGUUGCCUGGGAGAGCUGCCCCACUUCGGGAGCGGAAGCCACGGGAGCCGCAAGCUGGUGGGGACACUUCAGGGGCCGUUCGGCAGGACCUGGUUAUCUCUGACUUCUGGAGCUCAGCACUAGAAACCAUCACCGGGUGUCUCCAGAAACACCUGGAGCAGCUGAGGGCCCCAGAGGGGCGCCUCUCGGAAGCCCUGGGACACCUGCAUCUUGACGCCCCCCCGGUGGAGGCAGAUACGGCCCCUGGCUCCAUCCCGGAAGAGACCCUGGUCCCAGGGACCUGCCGCCUCAAGUGUGUGUGUUACGGCGUAGGGAACUUCGCCAGCUGCGCCACAGCUAGAAGCCAGCUGGCGUUUUUGCUUCUCCUUCUGGAGCGGUGCCAGGUUCCCAGGAGUCACUGCUGGGUGUACGACCCUCUGUUCAGCCAGCUAGAAAUCGCGGUUCUCAGCGCCCUGGGCGUGGUGGUUCUCAGGGAGAACGAGACCUAUGUUCACCCCGUGCACGUGGGACCCCAGGAAGGGAAGCGGAGCGUGUGCGGGGAGCCCACCGUCUUCUACAUGCCGCACUGCGGGACGGCACUCUACAACAACCUGCUGUGGAGGAACUGGUCGGUGGACGCCCUGUCCAAGGUGGUCAUCGUCGGCAACAGCUUCAGGGGGCUCGAGGAGAGGUUGUUGACGAGGAUUCUGCAUAAACAUUACCCAUACGUUGCAAAGAUUCUGACAGGCCUGGAGGAGGUGGUGUUCCCUCAGACCCCAAGGUACAUGGACAUAUUUAACGACACCUCCAUCCACUGGUUUCCUGUGCAAAAGCUAACCCAGCUGCCCACGGACACUUGGGCGUUUCGGGAAGAGCCAGAUUACCAGGACUGUGAGGACCUCGAGAUCAUCAGGAAGAAGUCAGAGGAGCCUCCCGCGCUGACCUGAGCUGGCUGUGAGGGGAUGCGGGGCG